AUGACAGCCAAGACCACCACAAGAGGCGGCUUUGGCCCCGGCACCUUUGUUGACACCGAGUACAGCCCUUUGCCAGCGGAAUGUCGUCGUCUGCUGCAUCACUUUGCAGAGGUGUCCCCAGGUUUCACCACGGAUGAUUCUGCGUUGGAAAGUGUUGAAUUCUACGGGGGAGAUCUCCCCAUCAUCCCGGGACCUCUCAAAUCUCAAGCCAUGUCCGCCGUGUGUCAUGCCAUGAUUGGCGUCGUUGGGAAAGAAAUCUGUGCUUUGCGAGGCAUUGAUACAGGGAAAAUUUCCAUCGAUGUCGACAAGGCAGGCCUGUACCCGGCCACCCCAGCAUUGGUGUCUAUCGGCGAAAAGGGCCUGGCGGAGAUUCAGAAGGACGGCACGACACGCCGUGUCGGGAAAGAUCUAGACCAGGGCGUCCUGACCAAAAACAACAUGCAUUUCCGCUCGUGGGCUAUUUACCCGACAAAAGACCCUCAAGUCUGGUACCAGAUCAUGGGCAACCUCAACCCGCCGGCCUUUCUCAAAGCCUACAACCUCGACCCCGAUGCUGUUGCCUCGACUAGGGACGAGGCCUACAACAUCAUCAAGGCUGAGAUUAUCAAAUACUCGGCUGCUGAGCUUGACCAGAAGAACAUGGAGCACGGCUUCUGCGGGCAGACGUGCUACACGCCUGCGCAGUGGAGAGAGACGUCCAUGGGGCAGCGUCUCCGUGCGCAUCCGAUGAUCAAUUAUCGCCGCGUGGCCUUGGGAGCGGAUCUGCCCCCGGUUCCGUUUCAGUCGAACAAGGAUGAUCAACGCCCCUUGGCGGGCAUCAAGGUGAUUGAACUAGCUAGAGUCAUUGCUGGUCCAGCGAUGGGAGCUGCCCUCGCUUCGCUAGGUGCGGAUGUCAUCAAGGUGCAAAGCCCCAAUCUUCCAGACUUGCAGGCGCUUAGUGUUCAAUUGACUGCCGGCAAGCGCACUUACGCGCUUGAUCUCACUGUCGAGGCGGACAAGAAAAAGCUCCACGCCUUGAUAGAAGGUGCAGACGUCAUCAUUCAGGCGUUUCGCUUGCGCUCGCUAGAGCGCAAGGGCUUUGGCCUUGAGGAUGUCCUCGAAAAGGCCCGCGCGCGAGGAAAAGGCAUAGUCUAUGUCGACCUCAACUGCUACGGGCCGGAUGGGUACUAUGCGGAACGGCCCGGCUUUCAGCAAAUUGCCGACGCCGCCUCUGGCUGUUCCUACGUGUGCGGAAAGGCGUAUGGGUUCGACGAGGGUGUGGGCGUGCUGCCGUCGCUCCCCAUCGCAGACAUGCUGUCCGGCGCGGUGGGUGUCAUUGACACGAUGCUCGCGCUCAGGGACCGCGCAAAGCACGGAGGCUCAUACCAUGCCACCGUCUCGCUGACCGCAGUCGACGCGGCGCAGCUGGAGGAGGCGGUCGGACUGUACCAACCCGAGAUUGUGAAGAAGAUCCAGGACAGGUAUCAAUUUGGGCCGAUGACGCCGGACCUGCACGUCGAAGAACUGCUUUACGUGCUCGGAAAGGCUUGGAAGGAAAAUUCCGAUGUUCUGAGCAGAGAUGGAUACAUGGAUCACUUUUCAGAGACGGCCUGGGGCAAGGAUCAUGCAAUAUUGUCGCCGAUAGUGGCCUAUGGGAACGGCUCUGCCACCCCGCGCUGGCUCCAUGGCCCAGUUCCGUACUGCGCCAGCACUAGCGAAGAGUGGGCAUGA